CCGGCGCCCUUGCUGAGCUGGAAGAUCGAGAAGGAGAGACCGCACUUCACAAAGCUGCUCUAGCCGGCAAGCUACCUGUCAUCUCGUUCUUGCUCACCCAUGGCGCCGAAGCGGAUGCCCAGGACAAUGAUGGCUGGACUUCCUUACACAAUGCCUGCUCGAGAGGCUACUUGGACAUUGUGCGAGUCCUUACAGAAAAUCACGGUGCCAGUGUGGAUGUCAAAGGAGGUAGGGCUGGAUGGACGCCGUUGAUGAACGCAGCUGCUGGAGGACAUUUACCUGUGGUGCGCUACUUGUGCUCAAAGUGGAAUGCCGACCCUUUUGCGCGCAACGCCGCUGGCGAGACGGCGUACGAUGUGGCAGCUGCAACCUUCGAGACUUUCGUCUCCGAAGUCUUGGAUAAGUACGAAACGGAGCGUUGGGCCGCGCUGCGCUUUUCCGGUCCCCCUCCCGCCGGGGGCGUCCCAACCGGAUCUGCUCAAGGCGCAUACAAUCCCCUCAGGCUUCACACAACGGUUCCCAUCGUUUUGCACGAGAACCAACGUCUAGACACUCGAUUGUCGACCUUGGCAGUGCACGGCGGAAAGCCGAGAUGGAGUGGCACGAGCGCUGGUCGCCCCCACAAACCAGAUCGAAGAGCGCCCGGCACUAUGCCACCUGGCCCACUUUCUUCGUCCCGAUCCCGCAAUAUACCAAUGAGGAGAGAAGACGUUGGUCUGCCGACAAGGGAGAAUCCUUACAAGCUUGUGCUUCCCACACGCAGCGAGCAGAUUGCAGCUGCGCUUGCACGAAGACAGGGAGGGCAAAAUGGAACGAGCGGAAGCGCUGCGCCCGAAGAUUUAGGCAGCACGCCGACCCCACAGAGUGUCCUCAGUGCUCGAGCAGCUGCGGGCACGGGCGAAGCAGGAGCAAGAGAUGUUCCGCCUCAAUCUGAACGCAGCCACUUCUGGCUAUCGGACUGGCAGACUGAUCUGACCCAUCCAUUGGUGGACGCAGACGAGGGUUGGCAAUAUGCGCAGUCCUUUGACGCGCCUGAUGAGAGGUGGACAGCUGCCAUCCCGCCUCCGCUAUCUAGGAUACUCGAAGGCAAAGGCCUCGGUGCGAGCGUCAGCAGGGCUGUCACCGGCGGACUUCUGCCCGGACCUGGUCAGACGAGCAUCAAUGGACAUGGAGCUGGACACGAGCAAGAGGCCGUAGCGACGGGCUGGGUGAGACGAAGGAGAUGGGUCAGGGUCAUGAGAAGAAGACUCGACAUUGAGAUUGGAGACGAGCUAGAAGCUGCAGAGCUGGCACACUUCUCUGCGACUCUGACUGCUACAGGAGGCACAAAUGGGCCUUCGGGCCGUCCUGGUGCUACUUUCUCGUCGGUUGCUGUGAUCGAAGCCGAGCAAGCCGCACGGGAAGCGUGCCUUGCUCUUGGUCCGUCUGCUGAUUACCUAGCCAGAUCUAAGGCGUUGGCGGGAGAAUCGGCAGCUGCUGGAUCCACACCUGCCGACGCCCUCGGAGAAGGCGUGGAUGAGCUGAGAAGACGCAUAGCUCGACUCGACCUGGCCGUGGCGGAGCUGAGAGCUUCUGCAUUCAGCGAUGAGGAUGCAGACAGGCGAUCUCAUGCCGAGGACAUGCUCAAGGAGUACACGUUGCAGCUUGGACAGCUGAGGCAAGCUGCUGGUCUGGAGGAAGGAAGCGAAGAUGGGGAUAGCGACGAAGAUGAAGACUUCAUCUACCCUAAUUCCUACAAAGAUGAUGGACAGUCUGUCAUCACUCGUCUUGGUCCGGCCACUAGCACCCCCACGGGAGCCCGUCCGGCUUUGUUGAACAGGCAAAGUAGUACAGGUGCCUCGGUCUUUGGAGCUAUUGCACCUUCGGAAGCUGGCACGAGCAUCACUGCCAUGAGAAGCGCGGAUCUGGCCGCCUCGAGCGAGUUCCGGGUUCCGCAGAAUGAGCGUCCGAACAGACCUUCAGCGGCUGGUGCUGCGGUACACGCUCUUCGAGAGCAAAACCUCGUCCCUACAUGGCAGAGCGACAGCGAUGUCGCCGAUUGUCCCGAUUGUCAGCGGAAAUUCACCUUUUUCCUUCGCAAGGUGAGUCUUGGGCUCUGCUCUGCCUGCACACAUGAGCUAUGAUAGCUGAAUCACGUAUUCACCAUCUGAAACGUCUGAUAGCACCACUGUCGUCGGUGCGGACAAAUCAGAUGCGACCGUUGCUCCUCUUCUCGGGCGGUGUUGGCCGCUUCGGAGAUUGUCAUCGAUCCGGGAGUACC